AGGCGGUGAUUUGGGCCAGCGUGCGUGUGUCAUUGCAAUGCAGUGUCUACGUAUGUGUUCGACGUGUCGGCGGCACCAAUGGACUGCGAGUCGGUUCGGGGUAGGGGUUCCUUUGACCGCGGCUUCAUCCAUUGGUUGUUUCUUGCCUGCGGAGGCAGUUCUCCUCGCCUAGUUGUGCUCUGUUUCUCCUCUUCUGUCCUGGAUUUGCGGCGGCUCGCGCGGUUCUUCGGUGGCGUUAAUGUGGCCGCCGGUCUUCCCUAUCGCAUCUGAUUCUCUGAGCUGUAUGAGCAGCAAUCAAAGUGCCAGGCAACACCCUAAAGGAUGUUUCACUGAAGGGAUGCUGCAUUACCGAGUUCUGCAGGUGGUGGCAAUAGAUGAAUCCACAACUCCUACAGCCUGCGAGACUUGACAAGCAUGUUUUCUGCGACUCAGCUGCACUCAAGAUGUCAUGGGAUGUCGUUGGGAAUAUUUGCUUCAGGUUUAUAUCUUUACUCUUACCUAGACAUUGCUUUCAUUUCUAUGUACAUGAUGAUAAUUGCUACCUAGGAUGGGCGCUGAAAAUUUUCAUUCAGUCAGAAUUAAGAGCACACAUACACUCAUUUCUUUCCGCAAAUUGGUACCAUCGGCACCUGUAUUUCCAAGGGAGCUAGCUAUUCCAAUAGAGGCUAUUUCUGUAUUAUUUUUUGCAGACCAUUGGUCAUGUUUAAUUCAGCCUCUCUGUAUCGAUAUUAGCAUCUAUUUUAGUUGUGCAUUUACUCUCGAACAUGUUUCAGCAGUUUGAAUUUUACUUAAUCUGUAAAUGAUGAUAAAGCUCCAGCAAUCCAGACGAUGGCAAUCUUUGCUGAAUAUUUUUCCAAGGGAUAUAAUGUGAUUGAUCGCUUUACAUUUCUUUCAUAUUACUUGUCCAAUGCAAUACAAUUGCUGCCCUAUUAUACUUUAUGUUAUUGUUCACUCUUUUUGAUCACUUGUUCUAUAAACAUGGAAAAAUAUCAGCUACCAACAACAUAGGAUUAUCUUGCUGCUUAUGUUAGACCAUUAUAAUUUUCUACUAACUAUUGCACUCUACUGUUUUGAGGGGGUAGGUCUCCUUGUGCAUAUAUCUGCUGCAUUCUUCGUUUAACAUGGGUGAGACCCAUGUGACAUACUCACAUGAUCCUAAAGCCCUCUUUCUUUUAGCUAUCAGGGAGAUUAUAAAAUCCUAGCUUAUGGUACGGUGGUCACUAGAACUGCAAUUUGUUAAAUUUAUUUGAAGAUAUGCAACUCCUGCCUAGCACACGGAAACAAACUGAAGUACUUCCUUUUUCGUUUAGUAGGUUAAAAUACCUUACUAAAAUGUCUUAUAUUUUGCUAUGGAGGUAGUACAUAUGAUUCUUGAGCUCACUGUUGUUGCACUAAAUUAACACAAAAUGGAUCAGGCACAUGGGGGCUGUUUGGUUACCCGAGACAAUUCAUUAUUCCUGUUUGUUCACAACUCUAUAAUUUACUAUAUAUAUAGAUUGUUUUUAUCUUUCCAAAGAAUGGAAGUAACAAUCCAACAAGUAGAUUAGAGAAAAUGGAGGAAACCAAAUGUUUGUGUGAUUUGAUAAGGACAUGUGCUGCUAUAGUCAUUACCAUUUCCUACCUGCGAUCUGAACCUGUCUAGAUCAUAUCUUUGAGAGCUCUAGCAUCUUCAAGAGCUUUGUCAUGGCCAUUAUCUUCGAGUUAGUUCGUGUCCACAUCAAUUUGAUUCAGUUGGUUCAGUUUUUGUUCAGUAUGCACUUGUAUGAAUUGGUCAUCUUGUGGAUGUGAUUCCAAACUAAAAUUAGAAGUACAAGGUGUUCCUCCAGUUUUAGAGAGACAAAUAUGUUUAUUCAUUUGGAUUAGUUGUGAACUCAAGUGGAUGUGAUUCCAAACUGAAAACACACUAGGCAUGUUAUCAUUAAAAUUGGGGCCAUCAUAUUCUCGGUGAGCAGCGGGAGAAGGUGCUAUGAUCUCAUUUUCCAUUAUUUAUAUAUUACUCUACAUUCUUUAUAGUCGGCGAUUAUCAGUUUCUAAAUUGUUUAUUGAGUUUUAGAGUUACCCACUCAACUUUUUCCCCCGUCUAGCUCUCGCUCGACUACAGUAUCUGGUCUUCUUCCUCCACAUAGCCGGGCCGAUCCAAGACCUCUCCGCCAGAAUAGCCGGCCGGAGUAGGUUGAGGUGAUGCGCCGGAGUAGAUAGGUUAGGGUUUCUUUUAGGUUUCUUGUAGUUUCCGGCUCUAUGCCGUGUUCUGGGCGUAUGCCCCGUAGUGGCGGUGGCGGCCCGGAUCGACGCCAGAUCCAGGGCCUUGUAGGGCUGCUCCUUCUGAUGCUUGAGCUCCUAUGGGUGGAGAUCAGCGGAAGAAGAAGCAGAGCCACCCUUUUCAAUAAAUCGGCGGUGGAUCUCUGCUGGCGCUGUGGAGUCCAAGAUGAGAUCCUUCUCCUGGCCGGCCGUGGCGGCGAGGAGGAGAAGGAAGAAAUCUUGGCGUUUCUUGCUGCGGCCCUUCUCUCGGCCGGCCUUGGAGGCGAGGGAGAGCGGGGCAGCGGAAGAACUCUCUCUGCUCCGACAAGAUCCAGGUUCGUUCAGCUCUGCUGUUGGAUGGGGUCGAUCUGCAUCUUGCUUCUAUCUCUGUCUCGCCAUGGAGGUGCUGGGAGGGGAGGAGAAGUUGCUGCGGGUACCAUCUGGAGCAGGCUGCUGCCUGAAGGGUGCUAUCUCCUCGAGCUCAACCACACAAGAGCCAUCUGGGCUCCUGUGAUCUUCUGCCGACAGGGCGGCGCGAUUACAACCUCCAACACGGAGGCCUUCUUCGAGUCAGCGGCUGGAGCUCGGUGCCUCCUCUUCAUCAAGUGGUUCGUCCCCGGUGAUCAGAAGGUGACCAGCGGAUUCGACUCUUCGUCGAAAAUGGAGCUAUCGAGCAUACUGCUCCGGUUCCUCGGCGGCGACUCCUUGAGGACGCCGGCGACUGGUGGCGGCGGCACACAGGGACCUGAUUGCUGUUCCACAUUUUGUCCCAGGGUGUUUUCUGUAAUUUGAGAGGACCCUUCUUCAAAUUACUGGUUUCUCAGGGCAAGAGAUGUUAGGGGUCCUUUUUGUAAUUUUUACCUGCCACGUUUGGAUGAAUGAAAUUCUGGGGCCUUCUAAGCCCUGUCCUUGUUCAAAAAAGAAAGAGUUUUAGAGUUUGAGACCUACUAUAUAUACUUAAUGGUAUGAAAAUUGAAAAGUCAAAUAGCUCAGGCAUCAGUCAUCAGUCAGACUGUGUGAGGGGGACAUGAUUUUUAUUUGCAUCUGUAUGUCUGAAUUGUAAUGAAUAUGGUCGGUGUACUCUCGAAAAAAGGAAGAGGUCAAUUUUACGUUGGUCAAUUUUUCAUCUGUCAAGUAGCCAAGGGUUAUUGUGUAAAGAAGUAGCAGGAAGUUCUGCAUCUAUUAA